AUGAUCGACCCGCAGUUCCAGGCAAACAAGUGGAUGAAAGCAAGGUUCGCUUCGUCCUCGUCAAAGUCCUCAGGGGGUGGAGCUGGGACAACUUUUAAUGCCGCAGACAAAGAGAAGACUCGGAAGACAAAGCAAGGCCAACAGGGAACCACAGGUAGUAGCACGGGCAGAACAGCAGCCACGAGCACGAAGAGCCGGAAAACAACAACAAAUACUGC